AUGAGUGAUAUCAGUGGUAUCAGGGGCGCUGGUACUGGCAUCACUGGUAUCAGCGGCAACAGCAGCCAAAGCAUCAGUGCCUUGGGAAUGCCGAGGCUGGUGGCAGGCAUGGAUCUUGCCGUACCUGCCGGGUUGGAGGCAUGGGGUGUGGGGAGAGGAGGGGAUUUCUCUCUUUUCCCCUCCAUACCCGCAUCUCUCUUCCUCAAUCUUUCUCUCCUUACUCCCUCUGUGUCCCUCCUCCUUCACUCCGUGCUUCUCGUCCUUCCUUCCUCCCUCUUUUGCUCCCUCCUCCCCCCCAUCUAUAUCGCUCUCUCCACCUUUCUGUCUCUCUCCACCUCUCUGUCUCUCUCCACCUUUCUGUCUCUCUCCACCUCUCUGUCUCUCUCCACCUCUCUGUCUCUCUCCACCUCUCUGUCUCUCUCCGCGUCCCUCUGCUCCCCCUCGCCCUCCUAUUCCCAAUGCCCGACUUUUCUCACCUUGUCUUCUCCACUCCCUCCCAUCCGUGUCCCCUGCGCUCCCCCCUCCCAGCGCGCCUAUGCGUGCAUCGUGGCGGCCAAGGCAAGCGCCUAUGCGUGCAUCGUUGCUGCCAAGGCAGUGGCGUGGGUGGCCUCUCUGCAUCUCAUGGAGGGCGCCCUGACUCGUUACAAGGAUCGUGAGGGAGAGAAGCACGCAGUGACUCGUUAUAAGGACCAAGAGGAAGAGGGGCACGCAAUGACUCGAUUUAAGGACCUCGGGGAAGAGCAGCAGAGAUUGACUCGUUAUAAGGAGCACGAGGGGGUGCAAGGCGCGUGGUUUCGCUACAAGGACGGGGAGGCAGGGGCUGGCGAGUGCUCGCAUGCAGAAGCUGCCAAUCGUGGCCUGCCACGUGGAGGCUGUGAGAGAACUCGAGAGAGCCGCAGGGAGGGGCUUAAGGGACUUGCGAGGGCUGGGAUGGACCGACUGGUGCUGGAUUGGGUGUUUGGCCCGGGGGAGAGCACACGCAGGUGGGUGGCUGACGGUGGGGAGAGCACACGCAGGUGGGUGGCUGACGGGGAGGGAAGCACAGGCGGUUGGGACGUGCGACCAGGGGAGAGCACAGGAAGGUGGGUGGCUGACGGUGGGGACCACACUGGUGGUUGGAUGAUUGAGACGAGAGAAAGCAGUGGCAAGUGGAUGGCUGGGGAGUGUGGAGAGGAGUUUUUGGAGGGUAGCCUGAGUUUUGAGACGUGUCAGAAUCAGUUUCAGGAGGGGAGUCAGAGUUUCGAGACGCCUGAGAAAGAGUUUGCGGAGGGAACGCAGAGUGGCCGUAGGGAGGUUGAGAAUAGGUCUCUCUAUGGUGAUUCACAUGAAGAGCUUGAUGUGAUUCAGAGGGUGCGGGGAGAUCGGCGCUUGUCUGCUGCCCUCCCCAGCAUCCUAGAGGAAGGUUCUGAGAUGACUGGGGAGACACAGGGAGAGUUUGGGCCAGCUGGGAACGUUGAUGCUCCGUGUAUCUAUGAAUCAGGGCCGUGGGGAGUGUCCGCAAAUUGGUUUCAAGGGGGGAGACGUGUGGAAAAUUCGGGCUUUGGUAUGCCGGAUCUCACUGAUAUUGAGUCGUCCACUAACGAGUCGGCAGCGGGAGAGGGUGGUAUGGCGCAAGGGGGUGCAGUGGUAGGUACAAGAGUGGUAGCAGAAGGGGUUUCUGUUUCACUGGUGGGGUUCCUGGCGUCCUUUGAAGCGGAGAUGAGUUCUGGCAGGACUAGUGGUGCGGGGGAGGUGAAAGGGGAGGGAGAGAGGGAGGGAGGAGAGGAGGGCGGAAGGAAGUGGAGUGAAGGGGGGCUGGGUGGGAGGGAGGAUGAGGGAGGAGAAUGGAGGGAAGGAGGUGCAGAGGGGGAGGUGGGAGAAAAUGCUGUUGAAGGAGAAGGGAAGGUAGAAGAGGAGAGGAGGUCUGGGAAGGAGGGGAGGGUUGAGGAAAGGAGGGGUGAGGGAGGGAGGGGUGAAGAGGGGAGAGUGGAGAAGGAGAGAGAGGGAGGAGAAGGUGGAGGGUGGGAAAUGGAGGGGUUAGAGUGUGAGGUAUUUGAGGAUGCUGCUAGCGAAGCAGGGAGGGGGGGCGAAGGAGCGCUGGAGAGCGUGGGAAGCGGGUGGAACGUGGAGGAGGAUGUGAGGGAGAGUGUGGGGGAGAGCAGCAGGGAGGGAAGGAUGGGUCUGAUCAAAGGGGGGAGGUACAGCAGUGGUGCUGGCAGCAGCAGAGGGUGCAGUAGCAGCGAGAGUGACAGAGGGCGCAGCAGAGAGGGUAGCAGCAGCAGCAGCAGCAGCAGCAGCAGCAGCAGCAGCAGCAGUGGGAGUAGCAUUGUGAGAAGCAGCGGAAGGGAGGGCAGUGCGAGGGGUUCUGGUGAGAGGAGUGGUGAUGGAAGCAACAGAGAAGGUUCGUUGGGCGUGGAUGCACGUUGGGGGCAGUCCGAGAGUGGAAAAUCUUUGAGGCCUUUUUCUGCUGAGCAUGAGGACUCAGAUCUUACUGCUUUGACACUGGGGCGAGGUGGGGGACAGAGAGGGGGAGGGAGACAGGGGAAAGGAACAAUACACGGUGAUUCAGAGGAGGAUUUGGGGAGAGAGAAGGGAGAUGAGGAGUCAGCGAGGAGGACAGGGAUAGGGGAGCAGGGGGAGGAGGAAGGAGAGGAGGCGGAGAUGGGAAGAGAGGAGGGGGCAAGGGGAAGUGAGGAAGGGGCGUCAGAUUGGCUGAGACUGGGUGUGGCUAUGAGUGGAUGCUCUAAGGAGUCUCAACACCAACACAUGAUUGACUUCAUGGGGUCAUCUUGCAUCCACGGCGGUGAUGAUAUGGAGGAUAUGGCCAUGCCACGUGGCACAGCAUCAGCCUCUCCACGUGGCAGAUCACAGGCCUGGGCUCACGCCACGUGUCAUCAUGCUCAUGCAGGCAGCCCAUCACCAAGCAGCGAUCUCCGGGAGCUCGUGUCUCGGCAGCAGGGGCAGAUUGAGGAGCUGCGGCGGCUGUUAGGGCAACAGAUGGAUUCGUGCCAUGCGCUGGCUGCUGCUCUGAGGCUACAGCAGCAGGAGCGUCAGCAUUUGGGGAGGCAGGGGGAGCAAGGGUUGGGAGGUUUGAAGGAGACUCAGGAGGCAGAUCUAGAGGAAACAAAGCUUGGAGAAAGCAGGUCCGAGGAAGCAGAUGGGGCAGAAGGGGAAGAAGGGGCAGAGGAGGCGGGUGGUGAAAGAGAGAAGGAAGUACGGGAUAGUGGAGGUGGCGAGAGAGAGGGGGCAAGGGAAUGGAGGGACCUGGAUUGGGAUGACGAGUUGUUGCAGCAGUCGGGGGAGCUGCGAGGAGAUAUCACGAGCCUGAAGGAUCAGGUGGGUUAG